AUGUCCGCCGUCCAGCCUCCAUCGCGCCGCGUCGGUCCCCGCUCCAUCCAGUCCUUCUCCUCCUCCACUGCCGACAAGUCCACCGCUCCCAACAGGCCUCCCACAGCCAAGCCUGUCACCCUCGCCAAACGCAUCCUCUUCCCCACUCUUCCUGCCGAUGCCGACUUGCCUGCUCUCCUGCUCUCUCCCGAGGCCGAGCCUGAACUAAACGCAGAGCUUUAUGGCUUUAUCGCGCUUGCUCUACGAGCCUUCGUCAACACCUGGUGGUCCAAGAUCACGCGUUACGACAAGGAAUUCCUCCCAGAGAUCGCCCGCAUCCUCACCGUAGUGGUCCGUGCCUUUGAGGCCCGUUUGCUUGCCACCGACCUCUCGCCACUCGUCUUCCGCGACCUGCCGACGCUGCUAUCCCAGCACUGGAUCGACUACCGCAAUGCUCAGGCCAAGCUACAUACCUCCUAUGCUUCGGGAGGCGCGGCUUCCAUCGCCCAGCUCUUCCACCAGAGCCAGCCGCAUAUGGCCGUAUCCGCUGAAGGCGUCAUCGAUCCCGUGUAUGUCCGUCAGGCCGUCGACCACAUCCUCAAGACAUGCUUACCGCCAGAAGACUACGAGCCAGAGACGGAGCGAUACAUCGUUCGCGAGAUCAUCCUCAAGGUCCUGGUGGGGAGUGUGUUGCCAAGGGUCACCCAGCCGUGGUUCAUCCACAAGAUUAUACUCGACCAGUUGGGGCCCGAGAAGGCUGCGGGCAAGGUACCAGAGGUGUCGGAUCCGACGACGCGACCUCCGUUGGCCCGUCAGUCAUCCGCACAUUUCUCAUUCCAGUCUAUCGCCAUCGUCGUGCUUUCGGCCGUGCAGGCGGUAUCAGGCGUAUGCCUCGCCAUUCUGCACGCAUACAAGCAAGCGCGAGAUACCAUCAAGAAAGUGAACGAACGGAACGACCCAGGCGAAACAGGCUUCUUUGCCACACCUUCCAUCCCAGGAACCCUGAACCCCUCACCACGACCACCUCCCCCACAACCGACCCAUCUACCAUCGCCGACUUCGGAGUCAGGAUCAUUUUUGCAAGCACCCUCACGAACCUCCAGCACGUCCUCCCAUUCCCCUACACCCCCAUCUUCGUCUUCUCCCACCUGUGCACCCGCCCCCAUCCUGAACUACACCCACCCACCUCUUACCUUCCUGCUCUUGAUCCUCAACCCCCCACCUGCAUCCGCGAACUCGCCUUCGCCCUACACCACCUACACUACUGCGCGAGCACUGACGCACCUGCUCAGUCUCUUUGCGUCCCUCGCCGCACCGUUCCUCGGCCGGCUACUUCCCUACAUCCUCUACACCCACGUCCUCUCCCCUGGAAGGCUCUCAAACAUCAUCCGGAGCGCGAAGACAGCGAUAUUUCCUGACGGCUGGCCAGGACCACCUCCCAUUGACCCCACGCCUGAGGAGCAGGCCGAGACGCGUGCUGCAGUGCGGCGACGGCUUGCGGACCGUAUUCCUAGCGCCGUGGGCCCGUUACUUGGUCCAACUCCAGAAGCAAGGCUGGCGACGAUCGACGCUGCAUUGGCGCCGCUUGACGACGCCGCCUGCAACGCGCACAUGGCGAUGUUCAUCGUCGACCUCGUGCUGUUGACGGUAUUCCCCGAGAUGGGAGUAAGUGAAGACGUCUAA